CAGCCUCGGAUAUAUGCGAGAAGCUGGCAGCGUUGUGUGUAGCUUUAUGUGCAAUCUGACAACCAUGUCACAUCAAAAAAAUGGUAUUUGACAUUGACAUAAGUCAACCGUGUUGCCCAAUGGACAGCACGGACUAUACCUUCUUCAGUGUAUGUGUAUUGUGUUGUAUAUGCUUUGUGGUAUAUUAUGUUUUGUAGUUUUGUGUUGUGAUCAGUCUGAGUCUAUAGAUCUGGUGUAUAUGUUUUGUGGAUUUUUGAUUAAUGUGGUUAGACAGGUUUAUUUUUUAGAAAUUUGGAUAUUAAUGUGAUAUUAAUUAUCCAAGGAAACACAUUAAAAUGUCUUAUCAGCUAUACAGAAACACCACCUUGGGACACACUCUUCAAGAGAGUCUAGAUGAACUCAUACAAUACGGCCAAAUAACACCACAGCUAGCGGGCAGGGUGCUUCUCCAGUUCGACAGAUCCAUUAAUCAAACUUUAGCUACCAGGGUUAAGUCAAGGAUAACAUUUAAGGCUGGAAAACUUAAUACAUACCGUUUCUGUGAUAAUGUGUGGACCUUCAUGCUCAAUGAUGCUGAAUUUAGAGAAGUACAAGAGAUCACAAAAAUAGAUAAGGUGAAAAUUGUUGCCUGUGAUGGUAAAAAUGUUAGUGAGGAGGGCAGUUCGAAGAAAUGAGCUCACUGUAUCAAUGUACUUUUGUAUGUAAUUAUGUAUGCUAGAAACCAUGAUUUCAUGGGAGUAUUUAGACUUAGUUAAUUUCGAUGUAACCAUAUCUCACUAUACUUAUUCAACAAUUAGUGUAAAAAAUGGGACAUUUCUAUUUUGAAUAUAGAAUUCUAAGUUUGUCUCUUUUUCUGGAGGUGAUUAAAACUGGGUCGGUCAUGACGCUUGAGCUAUCACGGUUUGGCUCUGAUAUGUGAUGUAACCAUAUA